UGCCACCCAGGGAUCCAACCAAUGCCACUUGCACCUUCUGCAUUGGCAGGCAGAUUCUUUACCACUGCGACAUCUAAAUGACCACUGUCUGGAAAGAGCAUGGGUGAGGGGCUGAUCUCUGCCCCUUUCCCAGAAGAGCCAGAAAUGACCAAGUCCCUGGGAUCAGUGUCUUUCAAAGAUAUAUCUGUAGACUUCAGCAGGGAGGAGUGGCAACAAUUGGACCUUGCUCAGAAAAGUCUAUACAGGGAUGUAAUGCUGGAAAACUAUUUCAACUUGAUCUCAGUGGGGUGUCAAGUUCCCAAAGCAGAAGUCAUUUUCAACUUGGAGUGGGGAGAAGAACCAUUUAUGUGGAAUGGCAAAAUCUCAAGCCAGAGCUGUCUCGAUCAGCAUAUUGGUUUUGAAACAUCAAAACAGGGAAUAUCCGAAGAUGUUUCAGUCUGGUUUGAGGGAAUUUGUCUCUUCCCAAGAAAUGAUCUAUAUUCCAUUUUAGAAGAAUUUUGGCAAGAUGAUAAACAGACAGGAAGAGAUAAGGAAAACCAGAACAAACAUUUAAGUCCUAUCAUCUUCACCAACAAGGAUACACUAGCUAAUAAGGGGAACUGUGACUAUAAUAAAGACAUUGGGAAAAAAUUUCAUGUAAACACAAACCUUGUUCCUUCAAGAAAAAGACUCCAUAACUAUGACUCAUUUCAAAAGAGUUUGAAGCCUAUUGUAAGCUUAUGUAAUUGUAAUAGAAACAAUGCAACAGAAAAUUUUGAUAAGGUUAUUGGAUAUGGUAAUACUUUUACUUGUAUGAAUUCUCAUACAGAAAUGAAUGCUUGUGAAUAUAAUCAACGCAAGAAACUUCUGAGUAAGCAAGCUCUCAUUCAGCAUCAAAAACAUCAUAGUAGGGAGGACUUCCAUUUAUUUUCUGAUUGUGUAAAACUCUCUACCCAUAAGACACACCUUUUUGCACAUCAAAGGAUUUAUACUGAAGAGAAACAUCAUGAGUGCACCAAAUGUGACAUGAUCUUCACUCAGAAGUCCCAAUUUGCUGUGCCUCAGGUUUAUACAAGAGAAAAAUCCUAUGUAAGCACUGAAUAUGGGAAGAAAUUUUCCCUCAACUCAAACCAUGAGAAAACUCCUCAUACUGAGGAGACUGACUAUAAAUGCAGUGCACGUGGAAAAGCCUUUUUCAAGAAGUUAGAUCUGUUCAGACUGCAGAGAAUUCCUACUGGAGGAAAAAACCCCUAUGAUUACAGUGAAUGUGGAAAAAAUGUCUCUCGCAAUUCAAAUCUCAGUAUACACAAAAAAGCUCAUACUGGCAAGAAACACUUUGAAUGUAUUGAGUGUGGAAAAUCUUUCACAAGAAAGUCAACACUAAGUAUGCAUCAGAAAAUUCACACGGGAGAAAAACCAUAUGUAUGUACUGAAUGUGGGAAAGCCUUUAUCCGAAAGUCACAUUUUAUUACACAUGAGAGAAUUCAUACUGGAGAGAAACCUUAUGAAUGCAAUGACUGUGGGAAGUCCUUUAUAAAGAAGUCACAACUCCAUGUGCAUCAGCGAAUUCACACAGGGGAGAAUCCCUUCAUAUGUUCAGAAUGUGGGAAAAUCUUCACUCACAGGACAAAUCUCAUUAUACACCAGAAAAUUCAUACUGGUGAGAGACCCUAUAUAUGUACUGAAUGUGGGAAGGCCUUUACUGACAGGUCAAAUCUCAUUAAACAUCAAAAAAUUCAUACUGGAGAGAAACCCUAUAAAUGCAGUGACUGUGGAAAAUCAUUCACCUGGAAGUCACGGCUCAGGAUACAUCAGAAAUGUCACACUGGAGAGAGACAUUAUGAAUGCAAUGAAUGUGGGAAAGCAUUUAUUCAGAAGUCAACACUGAGUAUGCACCAGAGAAUUCAUAAAGGAGAAAAGCCCUAUGUUUGCACUGAAUGUGGGAAGGCCUUCUUCCACAAGUCACAUUUUAUUACACAUGAGAGAAUUCAUACUGGAGAGAAACCUUACGAAUGCAGUGACUGUGGGAAAUCUUUCACAAAGAAGUCACAACUUCAUGUACAUCAGCAAAUUCACACAGGAGAGAAACCCUACAGAUGUGGUGAAUGUGGAAAGGCUUUCACGGACAGAUCAAAUCUCUUUACACACCAGAAAAUUCAUACUGGCGAGAAACCCUAUAAAUGUGAUGACUGUGGAAAAGCCUUCACUCGAAAGUCAGGCCUCCAUAUACAUCAACAGUCUCAUACUGGAGAAAGACAUUAUGAGUGUAGUGAAUGUGGGAAAGCCUUUGCACGAAAAUCAACACUCAUUAUGCAUCAGAGAAUCCAUACAGGAGAGAAACCUUAUAUUUGUACUGAAUGUGGGAAGUCGUUCAUCCAGAAGUCACAUUUAAAUCGACAUAGGAGAAUUCAUACUGGAGAAAAACCCUAUAAAUGCAGUGACUGUGGGAAGGCUUUUAUUAAGAAGUCACAACUCCUUGAACAUCACCGAAUUCACACAGGAGAGAAACCUUAUAUGUGUACUGAAUGUGGAAAGGCCUUCUCCAUCAGAUCAAAUCUUAUUAAACACCAGAAAAUUCAUACUAAACAGAAACCUUAUAAAUCUAGUGACUUUAGGAAAGACUUUAACUGGAAAGCACAAUUCAGUGUACAUCAGAAAUGUAAUACUGAGGAAGUAGAAUGCCCAGUGCCACAAUCAUGGGGUAGGGAUACAAAGUUGUGAGGAGCUAUAGCUUGACUAAGAAGCAAGGGGUAACCCAAGACUGUUUUCCUCUGUUGACUAUGAAAGGCACUCUAUUUCUUCUUCUUCCUGUCCAUUUUAGUUCACUGAUUCCUAAGGUGUCGGUGUUCACUCUUGCCAUUUCCUACCUGACCAUGGCCAAUUUAUCUUGAUUUCAUGGACCUAAUACUCCAGGUUGCUAUGCAAUAUUUACUGUUCUUACAGCGUUGGACUUCAUUUUACCACCAGGCUCAUCCACAGCUAAGCAUGGUUCCUCCUUUGGCCCAGCCAUUUCAUUCUUUCUGGAGCUAUUAGUAAUUGCCCUCUGCUUCCCCCCUAUAGCAUAUUGAACACCUUUUAACCUAGGGGACUCAUCUUCCCAUGUCAUACCUUUUUGCCUUUUCAUACUGUCCAUGGGGUUCUCUGGCAAGAAUACUGGAAUGAGUUGCCCUUUUCUUCUCCAGUGGACCGUGUUUUGUCAGAACUUUUCACUAUGGCUAAUCCAUCUUGGGUGGCUGCAUGGCAUGUUUCAUAGCUUCAUUCAGUUAUGCAAGCCCCGUCAUCACGACAAGGCUAUGAUCCUCGAAGGGGAUAUAUUAGGUUCAGUUCAGUUCAGUUCAGUUGCUCAGUCGUGUCCUACUCUUUGCGACCCCAUGAA